AUGUCGCGUUCGCCGGGAAAUUCCAAACCCGAUGCUAUUGGGACGGGCAAAAUUGCCGAUCGGUUUCGUGAAGCGGUGAUUUUGGAAGCGAAUAAACCGGAUUUACUUCGUCAACGUGAUCAUGGUUCACCGGUUUCGCCAUUGAGGACUACGGGUGGAGGACCGGCGGUUAGUAGUAGUUCGGGUUCUUCUGGAUCUUUCUCUGGUAAAACCGGGUCUAAACCGGUUUCUAAGAAGUCAAGUUCGGCACCGAUUCAUAGCAGUAACUCCGGUGAGCUUUCUGGUUCUAGUGAUAACAGUCCAACCGCGAGUAGAUCCGGAGGGAAUGUGAGAGCUUCGAAAUUGAAAGCUGGGGAUUCAAGAUCCAAUUCAGGAUCCGGAGCGACUCCGAAGAAACAUUCUGGUCAAACUGUGAACUCUCCGCCGUUGAAUGUUCUUCCGGCGGGGAAUAUUUGUCCAUCUGGAAAGGUCAUUAAUACCGGCAUGGCUAACAAGAAUACAAAGAGUGAUGUUCUUGGUUACGGAACUGGGAACUAUGGUCACGGUAGCAUAAUGCGCGGUGGCGCCGGGAGAGUUGAUACGAGUAGCACGAGGGCUGGCAUUGGGAGUGAUUCGGGGAAAAGAGGUGUGGAAAGUGUGGAUCCAGAACAGCUCAAGUUAGUAGGGAAUGAGCAUUACAAGAGGGGUGAAUUUUCGGAGGCAUUGAGUUUUUAUGACCGUGCAGUAGCUUCUUUGCCGAGGAGUGCUUCUUACCGGAGCAACCGCGCCGCCGCGUUGAUCGGUUUGGGAAGACUAUCUGAAGCUGUGAGGGAAUGCCAGCAGGCACUUAAUUUCGAUCCUGAUUAUGAUAGGGCUCAUCAUCGUUUGGCUUCUCUAUUCAUCAGGUUAGGACAAGUUGAGAAUGCUAGGAGACACCUUUGUCAUCCUGGAUUGACUCCGAAUCCGACCGAGAUGCUCAAGUUGCAACUGGUGGAUAAGCAUAUUACUAAGUGUACAGGUGUUAGGAGGGUAGGGGAUUGGAAAAGUGUUCUGAGGGAACUUGAUGGUGCUUCUACUGCUGGAGCUGAUGCUUCUCCUCAGCUCUUUAUGUGUAGAGCAGAAGCCCUUUUGCAACUUCGUCAAAUUGACGAUGCAGAAUCAGUUUUGUCACAUGCUCCGAAAUCGGAUCCACAAAUUAAUAAUACACCUUUUGAAGCUAUAUUUUUUGGGAUGUUUGCUGAAGCUUAUUCCAACUAUGUCAGAUCUCAGAUUGAGAUGGCAUUGGGAAGGUUUGAGAAUGCAGUUACAUCUAUUGAGAAGGCAAAUAAAAUCGACCCCCAAAAUAUUGAAAUUGCUGUUAUGCUUAACAAUGUAAGGAAAGUGGCAAGAGCUCGAACUCGUGGCAAUGAUCUUUUCAAAUCUGAGCGGUUCACUGAAGCUUCCUCAGCAUAUGGAGAUGGUUUGAAAUUAGACCCUACAAAUUCUGUUCUGUAUUGCAAUAGAGCAGCAUGUUGGUAUAAGCUUGGUCUAUGGCAAAAAUCAGUUGAAGACUCUAACCAAGCUUUACAUUACCAACCAAAUUAUACAAAAGCUCUUCUUCGAAGGGCUACAUCAUAUAACAAGCUACAAAAGUGGGAAGAAGCGGUUAAAGAUUACGAGGUCUUGCGAAAAGAACUUCCAAACGACAAUGAUGUUGCUGAAGCUCAUUUUCAUGCACAUGUUUCACUAAAAAAAUCUCGUGGAGAAGAAGUUACCAAUUUGAAGUUUGGUGGUGAAGUGGAACGAGUAUCAGGUCUUGAGCAGCUUAGAACUGCAAUAUCUUCAUCAGGUGUUUCUGUUGUCCAUUUUGAAGCUGCAUCAAAUUCAAAAUGCAGGCAAAUAUCGCCAUUUUUGGAUACAUUAUGUACCAAACAUCCAUCUGUUAACUUCCUCAAGGUGGACAUUCAUGAAAACGCGGAAGUUGCAACUGUUGAGAAUGUUAGAGUUGUACCAACCUUCAAGAUAUACAAAAAUGGAAACCAAGUGAAGGUUAUCGUGUGCCCUAGUCGCGAUGUGUUGGAGCAGUCUGUCAAGCAUUACAGCCUUUAG